GGACUAGACAAAGUGACAGACAUGUGUUUUGACCAAUCGGCUGUAGAGUUUCCUGCACCUUGGAAAGUACUCAAGAGGAAGCGAGUAGUGGAUGAGGACUGACGGAAAAUAAAACUGAAAACACAAAUAUUGAAAAUAACAUUUCGUAUAUAAUUAUUAAUGUAAACCCUCUGUUUUUUAAUUGUGUUUGAGCUUCAGGGCGCUUACUCAUUCACGCAGCUCGGCAGUACAUUACAAGGGUUGGACUGCUUUUUCCUGAUGUCUGCUGAAGCUUCUGGUGGGAAUGUGGUGCCGGAGCCCAGCUGUGCCCCUCCGUCCCCCAGCCAUGGCGUGGAGAAGAAGGCAGGACCAGGUCUGGCUGGCAGUAAUUACGUGAAGCUGAACGUUGGUGGAUCCCUGCAUUACACCACAGUCCAGACCCUCAGCAAAGAGGACAGCCUGCUCAGGAGGAUAUGUGACGGCACUGUGGAGGUGACCAUCGAUUCAGAAGGCUGGGUGGUGUUGGACAGAGGUGGACGCCAUUUCUCCCUGGUGCUGAACUUCCUACGAGAUGGCACUGUGCCACUCCCCGAGAGCCAGAGGGAGCUGGAGGAGGUACUGAAGGAGGCGCAGUACUACAGACUGCAGGGUCUCAUCCAGCACUGCCUUUCCACACUGCAGAAACGCAGUGAGGUCUAUGAGGGAGGCUGUCACAUCCCUAUGAUCACCUCUGCCAAGGAGGAACAGCGAAUGAUCGCCACCUGCAAGAAGCCUGUGGUGAAAUUGCAGAAUAAUAGAGGGAACAAUAAAUAUUCCUAUACCAGUAACUCAGAUGACAACUUGCUGAAGAACAUUGAGCUGUUUGAUAAACUGGGGCUGCGCUUUAAUGGUAGAGUGCUUUUCAUUAAAGACGUGCUCGGAGAUGAAAUCUGCUGCUGGUCCUUCUACGGAGAAGGACGCAAGAUCGCUGAGGUUUGCUGUACCUCCAUCGUUUAUGCGACCGAGAAGAAACAGACCAAAGUUGAGUUCCCAGAAGCUCGCAUCUUUGAAGAAACCCUAAACAUACUAAUCUAUGAGAAUGGUCGGGGCUCUGGUCAUGGAGGCAUGGGUUUAUUGGACUCAGGUGGUGUCUCAUCUCCAGGUGUGGGUCAGUCAGAGGAAGACGGGGCUGGUGUGGGGGGUGGAGACAGACGUGUGAGGAGGAUCCAUGUACGGAGGCAUAUUAUGCAUGACGAGAGGGGGCACGGACAGCAGACUGUGUACAAGGACUGAAAGCAGGGAUGGAGGGAGAAAUGAUAAACAUGAGUAGUAAAAAGAGCCUAAUGGUACUAUAACAGGACAAUUGUGAAUAAUUCAUAUGCAGGGACUUGGAUACAAGGAUGGAUGGGUGGGGGGUUGAGCAGCAAUGGGAAUCGAUCUUGGGUACAGUAACACUGCACUAAGAAAUAAUCUCAAGAGCCACAGUGUGGUUUCUUUUUAUUUUAUUUUUGAGGAUGAAUGUAUAUCAUUCUGAGUUUUGCUUUAUUUUUAUUUAUUAUUCUGUUAAUUUAUUGUCCAUAAUUUUCAACUUUUUUAAAAAAAAGAAUAUGCGUGAAAUAUCUUGUGUGUGUGUGUGUGCAAGAAUUGUGAAUGCGUAAUGAUGAACUGUGAUGUUUUUCUGUGGGGAUGUGUGUGUUGGCUGACAGCUGCAGAGGUACAUAGAGACGACUCAUUCUUGACUAACGUAUGAUGCAUGUUCCCACUAGAGUGGGUGCCGUCCUGGACCUUUCCUUAAAGUAUCCCAAAAGAAGUGUUUAAGUAAUCCUUAUAUAAACACUCCACUGUUGUUCUUCAUCAACUGUGUCUGUAGCGUGUGUGUGAUUGCGACAGACAGGAAUUUUCUAUGUGUUUCCCUGUACUGAGGAAAGGGGGAAAACCUGUUCACUCAAAGCACACCUAUAAUGAGAGUAUAAAGGCAGUUGCAAAUUCCUGUCAGUAAGAUACAGUGCAUAUAAAAUAAAACUACAACCGUUAUGUUCUAAUAAUAAAGAAGAGGCAGACCUGAGUCUUAAAAAAAAGCUGUUCUUAUGUGGUUUUAUCCAACUUUCCAACACUUUUCUACAAGAUUUUUGGUAUCCAUGCCCAAUAAAGUCUACACAACUAUGCUGGUAACCCAUAAUGACAACUUCUUCCUUAGAACUAAGUAGUCUUAGGGAAGAAUAUGUAGUGGUUUAGAUCUUAAUUUACAAUACCUUUGAAUAAGGGAAUUCAUGUAUGCAUAAAUGUUUAUAGACCGAAAUAAACAAAUACCCUUAGACUUCCAGUAUAAGCGAGCAUCUUUUCAGUACAGGAAAACGCAUCAGCAAGUUUUAUUUGUAACAGUCACGCAUUUGCUACAGAUAUUUUAGAUAGAUAGAGUUUAAAAACACUGGAGUAUUUCUUCAAGGAGCUACAUCUCAGUUUAGAAAUCUGCUAUUGUUUCAUCAAGCAGCCAGGCAAUGUAUGUUUUCAGUUUAAAUCUUUCAAAAGCCCUAUAAACCAGUUAUAUAAGCAUACCCAAAAUGUGUGUGAAUAUGGAAUUAUCUGACCAUUUACUUGAAGACUGACUAGAAGGACAAACUCUUGGGAAACUGACAAAAUGUUAUGCUGAUUUGGCCAUAGCAGGUUUUCUAUAGCCAGAGAAUCAUCCAAAGGACUGACAAACCUGGGCAGGAAUUACUUUUAUAGAUCAUUGUAUACAAAACUGCCAAACAUUGUUGCAUAUCCACUGCAAAAACUUCCAUUUUUGUUUUGGGUAUAAGGUGGCAG